UUUAUUGUACUGUUGAGAAGCAGGCUGUGCUCGUCUGACGCAGAUCACCUCUGUCCGGGCAGUUCACAAGGAGUCUUCAAGGGUUUAGUCUUAAUAUGGCGAAAGACGUCCCACGUGAGCCGGAGCAGCUCCGCAAGCUGUUCAUCGGAGGUUUGAGCUUCGAGACCACAGAUGAGAGUCUGCGGGCUCAUUUUGAACAAUGGGGAAGUCUUACAGAUUGUGUGGUCAUGAGGGACCCCAACAGCAAGAGAUCCAGGGGAUUCGGCUUUGUUACAUACUCAUCAGUAAAUGAAGUUGAUGCUGCCAUGUCUGCUCGCCCCCAUAAGGUCGACGGUAGGGUGGUAGAGCCUAAGCGAGCUGUUUCUAGGGAGGACUCAAACCGGCCGGGUGCCCAUGUAACAGUUAAAAAGAUCUUUGUUGGAGGCAUCAAGGAAGAUACAGAGGAGUCACACCUGCGAGAUUACUUCCAGCAGUUUGGCAAGAUUGAAGUCAUUGACAUCAUGACUGAUCGUAAUACCGGAAAGAAGAGGGGCUUUGCCUUUGUCACCUUUGAUGACCAUGAUUCGGUUGACAGGAUUGUCAUCCAGAAAUACCACACAAUCAACUCUCACAACUGUGAAGUGAGGAAGGCCCUGACAAGGCAGGAGAUGCAGAGUGCAGGAAUGGGUAUGAGGGGUCGUAGCAGUGGUGGAAGGCCCUAUGACUACGACAGAGGCUUCAAUCAGGGCGGCAGGGGUAGAUACGGAGAUGGUCCUUACAAUUGCAAUGGAGGUGAUGGUGGCUAUGGAGGUGGUCCUAGUGGUCCUGGGGGAUAUAAUAACGGUGGCAACCGUGGUUAUAACCAAGGUUACAACCAGGGUGGAGGUGGAGGCGGAGGCUAUGGAGGAAAUGGUUAUGACAGCAACGGUUAUGGUAACUGUGGUGGUGGUGGUGGCGGAGGCGGCGGCAGCAACUACAAUAACAUGGGCCACUACGAUCCUCAGGCCUCUAACUUUGGCCCCAUGAAGAACAACUUUGGUGGGGGAGGCGGUGGUGGCGGCAGGAACUUUGGUGGUGGCUAUGGAGGUGGCUCAAACAACGGAUAUGGCCGUCCUGGACGAUUUUGAAAUGUGAAGCGGACUGAGUACUUAGGAGAGGAGAGCAAGGAGAGGAGAGCAAGCGAAGUGACAGGGCAGCUGCAGGUUUACCUCCUAAAUCUGCUCAGCCAAACAGUUGUGGCAGGUUACAGCUGCUGCAAGAAGAGAUGUACAGUAGAUAAAUCAUGGAGGGUCUUCAUUUAAACGUUUUAUUUUUCUUUGUUUUUUUUGUUUUUCAUCAAAAUGUGUUUCUGGAAAGCAAGCAUUCCAAUGAGGUUUUAUGUAGAUUUUUUUCUUUAAGGUCUGGUUUUUAUUUGUAACUGCAUCAAAUCAAGCUGAAAUAAACCAUCUUUCAGUUUUUUUUAAAAA